CUGCCGUGCUUUGCUGCGAGUACCGGUGGAGUGCCGCUGCCGUCACGUCUUCUGCAAGGGCUGCAUCACGAUGUGGCUGAGCACAAACAGCACCUGUCCCCUGUGCCGGGUGUCUGUGCAGGCUGCCUCCCUCGUGCCCGCCCAUCCACUUAUCCGGAACAUGGUAGGAAAUGUCAAGGUGAAGUGUCGCAGUCCUGGGUGCAGUGCCAGAGUUGCCGCGAGCGUUUACACGACGCACCUGGGCGUGUGCGAGUUCAAAGAGGUGCCGUGCCCUCACGACCCGUGCCAGCACCGCUGCCCUCGCCGCACCCUCGAGGACCACGUCAAGACGUGCCCGCACCGGAUGUUGACCUGCGAACUGGGCUGUGGCGCGGAAAUGUCUGCGGGCCAGCUGAAGAAUCACAGCUGUAUGCUGAAGCUCCGACUUCGAGGCGAUUGA